GAAUAGUCACAAAAGGAUUGUAAUUUGAAGCAGGGCGCCGAGGUUAAUAACAGCUUCAGAGACUCGGUUUUUAAAGGGUAUCGAGAUCUCUUUCUCAAUUUCUUCUUUAGAUCACAAUUUAUACGAGCUCCGGUUUCUGGGUUUUACUUUAUCUAUCUAGUGGCAUUUGUGAUUUAAAACUUGUGAUUGUUGUAUAAGUUCCACAAUCACUGGGUAAAAUUAUUGUUUUUUUAUUUGCAACAUCAGUGAAAUAAAAGACUGGGUGCAGAAGGGAAAUAUACUAUGCAUAUAAUUCUCUUUUGCCUUUCCUUUUGUCUUGGCAAUGGUUUCUGAGUCGGCAAAUCCUUUUAAAGGUUUUUCAGGAAUGAGAAUAGGUGUUGGAUGGCGCCUUUACCUUUUCUUACUCCCACUACUCUUCUUUCUUCCUUAUCUGUUAUCAGUUCUUGAAUUGCACAAAAACUCUAUUGUAGAAGAUCUGCCCAAGAAAAAUAGGAAGAAGUUUGAUCAUCUGGUUCUUGGGCCUGCUGCUGGUCAAGGGUUGCCUAAUCGUUUGCAAUGCCAAGGCAUCAAGGCUCUCAACAAGACCCAUUUUUCAGCCUCUUCUCACGUUGCAAGUGUUGGAGAUAGAAUUUCUUUUGUCACUGUUUUCACAAUUUAUAACACCUCACUUGAUAUCAACGCGGACGGUAGAGCAAUAAACUUGCUUUCUGUUGGAAAUGCUUCUUAUAGUAAGACAGAGAGGUCAAUGGCUAUAUUGAAUGUGUUCAUUAACUUCAUUGAAGUGACAAUGCCCCUAAGUGAUGUAAUCAUUCUAACUGAUCCUGCUUCAGAUCUCUCAGUGCACAGAAAAGGGGUCACCAUAUAUCCAAUAGAGGGUGAAUAUUCUCGAGAAAGGUUGAUGCUCCAAAGAAUCAGGUCUUACAUUACCUUUCUAGAAAGAAAGCUUGAGGAGCAUUCUCAGGGGCGAAGGCAUAUAAAUCAUUACAUCUUCACUGACUCAGAUAUAGCUGUGGUUGAUGACUUGGGUCAUAUAUUUCAAAACCACCCAAACUUCCAUCUGGCACUAACUUUCAGGAACAACAAGGAUCAACCUCUGAAUUCUGGAUUUAUAGCUGUUAGAGGCACCCCUGAUGGGAUUUUAAGGACAAAGGUAUUUCUUCAGGAAGUAUUAAGCAUUUAUGGUUCCAAAUACAUGAAUGCUUCGAGAAUGCUUGGUGAUCAGUUAGCUCUUGCUUGGGUUGUCAAGUCUCAUGCAUCUUUUGAUACAAGGAGAUUCACCAAAGCACAGGCCUUUGUUGAAGAAAUCGGUGGUGCUUCUGUGCUAUUUUUACCUUGUGCUACAUACAAUUGGACUCCGCCUGAGGGUGCAGGCCAAUUUCAUGGCAUGCCCUUGGAUGUUAAGGUUGUUCAUUUUAAGGGAUCGAGGAAACGCCUAAUGCUUGAGUCUUGGAAUUUCUUAAGUUCUUCUAACCUUUCGGAUAUGUUAUGUCUCAUCCUGGCGAGUGGAAGAACAAAAUAUGAUUUUUGAGUAAAUUUCACAUGAUUUCAUGUUGCAGUUCACAUUCUCUCAAUGGAACAUCUGAUUUCAUUCAAUCGAACUGGGUGGGGAUCUCCUGCUGCAUCUUGCGAAACGUAUUUCAGUUGCAAAUUAGAAUACUUAUUGGGGCUAUCUGUUCUUGGCUGCCCUUGACGCCGUUUCCCACCCAAAAUAUAACUUCGUUGUAUUGACAGCAAAUGAAAGCUGUGAAGACAACAGGAGACGUGUAUUAUUUACAUAGAUGUUUUUUAAUUCAUUUACGCAGGUGGAAGUUGUUUGAAUGAUUUGAACUUCGACUUGCAUUAAAUAAAAUCACUCAAUGCUGUAGCAGGUGAGAACUUGAUUUCAA